CCUUCGGUAUCAUCGAGUACCCGAUAACCUGACCCGAUAAUCUUCGAGAGGAGGUUGAUCACCGGGAGUCCUUAAGGGAUCCGGAAGCUCCUUCUUUCUCAUCGAGAUCAUCGAGUACCUUCGUCGCGUACGAUCAUCCGCAUCACGAUUCGCCGCUACCGAACCGCGGACGGAAGGUCAUUAAUGAAUAGUAUAGGCGAGGCAUGCAACGAUCUGAAGCGACAGUACGACUCCUGCUUCAACACGUGGUUCUCUGAGAGAUUCUUGAAAGGAGGUCCGCAAGGCGUGACGGAUGAGAGGGAGAGUGCGAGGGGUUGAGAGCGCGCAGAGUGCAACAAUGGAAGAUUGCAGUGAGUUGAAACAGAAAUACGAUGCCUGUUUCAAUAAUUGGUUCUCCGAAAAGUUUUUAAAAGGGGAUACCAACGAUUCGAUGUGCGCACCCUUACUUAAAGUCUAUAAAGAUUGCGUAGCGAAAGCCAUGAAAGAACAUCACAUUGAACUCAAAGAAUUGGAGACAAAUUACUUGGAAACUGAAAAGGAGAAAAAACCACACAGUUGACAUAAUGUUUGUGUUCGCACUUAAAACCUAGAUAGUUUCAUUACAAUCACGAACAGUACAACUUCAAAUGUCAUUCCUACUUUUUAUCAAUGAAUGACUAAAUUUAAUCAAAUCAUAUUUGUUUUAAUCAGUACUUAAUGUUGUUACCUAUAUAUGUUAGCUGUUUAUCACAUAUUAUUGUUAAAUGAUGAAUAUUCUACAUGAUUUUUUGUAAUAUUGAACAUACAAAACUUGUACUAAAAGAAAAAUUAUAUACACAUAUGUCACAUUUAAUAGCAAAUUUAAUUCUGUAAUUUCUACAACUUUUUAUU